GUCGCAAUUGUGUGUAUUGUUAAAAUUUUGUUCUUACAGUCUCACAAGAAAAUUAUGAGGUUUAGUGAGAAAGAACGCCAUUCACAGUCUUGACAACAAAUGAUGGCACUCCUCACCAUUGCUAGGAGGCUUCAGAGAACGCAUCCCAAACACUUCCUUCCCUUCCCCUUCCACUCACUUCCUCAACCAUCACUUCCCUCUCUCUCCCCUUCAAACCAAGUACACCACCUCUCUCAGGCAUUGCAUCGAACAGGUCUCGUCCUUUCCCGCCCCAUCCCCCAAAUCCCCCAUUUCUGUUCACUCCAACCCUCCCAAGACCAAACUCUCCACGACCCAAUCGACUUCAAUGAAUGCACCAAUGAGAAAACCCAUCAUUUCCAAUUGGGUGUCCGUAAAUUGGUCAAAGCGAUCGAAAAGGUCGACCAGUUUUCCUCCAAAGAGGAAGCAAUUGAGGUUCUUGACAAGGCGGGUGUCGAACCGAAAGAAGAGUUGGUGUAUCUGGCGAUUUGGGAUUUGAGAGAGGAAUGGAAGUUGGCGUUCUUGGUUUUCAAAUGGGGCGAAAAAUGUGGUUGUUUGGGGGGAAAAGUGUGGGAUUUGAUGGUAUGGGUAUUGGGGAACCACAAAAAGUUCAGUACUGCUUGGUGCUUGAUUCGAGACUUGCAUCAGUCUUCGAUGGAUACACGAAGGACAAUGCUUGUCCUGAUGGAUAGGUAUACGGCUGCAAAUGACCCAGGCAAGGCAAUACAGACGUUCCAGCUUAUGGAGAAGUUCAGAAUGACUCCGGAUACAACAGCGUUCCACACACUUUUGACUUCUCUCUGCAAACAUGGAAACAUCGAAGAAGCUGAGGAGUUUAUGCUGCUUAAUAGGAAGCUCUUCCCUUUGGAAACUGAGGGCUUUAACAUAAUUCUAAAUGGGUGGUGUAAUAUAUGUCUUGAUUUAUUUGAAGCAAAAAGAAUCUGGAGAGAAAUGUCCAAGUGCUGUAUUACACCAGAUGCAACUUCUUAUACACACAUGAUAUCCUGCUUCUCAAAAGUCGGGAAUCUCUUUGAUUCACUGAGACUGUACGAUGAGAUGAAGAAAAGGGGUUGGGUCCCGGGCAUUAAGGUGUACAACUCUCUGUUAUAUGUACUUACGUGUGAGAAUUGCCUGGAUGAAGCUCUUAAAAUUUUAGACAAAAUGAAAGAAGCUGGUGUCCAACCUGAUUCUGCCACUUACAACUCCAUGAUAGUUCCUCUGUGCGAAGCAUCAAAGCUGGAGGAGGCAAGAAAUACACUGGCCACCAUGAUAGUAGAGAGUGUGAGCCCAACGAUUGAGACAUAUCAUGCGUUUCUCGAGGGUGCAAGUGUGGAUGUCACGUUGGAAUUUCUUAACCGUAUGAAGAAAACCGGUCUUGGUCCAAACCGGGAUUCCUUUCUGUUGAUUUUUUGCAAGUUCUUAAAACUGAAGCAGCCUGAAUAUGCAUUGAGGAUUUGGGAAGAAAUGAAGCGGUAUGAGGUGGUACCUGAUUCUGCUCAUUUUGCUUUAUUAGUUGAGGGCUUAGCAACAUGUGGGUCGGUGAUCAAGGCUAGAGAAUUGUAUGGUGAGAUGAUAUUGAGUGGCAUGUUAGAUGACCCAAAGCUAAAGAAGCUCUUGAACGAACCAGUGCAACACACCAUUCGUCAAAGUGGAGAAGAAGAAGAACCAUUCGGAAUCUUGAGAAACCUUAAGAAAGGUACUCGGAUACAUCGUGGGAAAAUCAGUGUAAUUAGAAGAAAAGGACGUCAUAAGCAGCCAAGAAAGGGGACACAUGUAACUUAAAACUGCUGUCUGCAGAUUUAUAGGACACUGAGGAUCCGAGGUAAUUGGACUGCAUAUCCGCAUGACUGUGGUGGGUGCCAAAAAUGUUUUAACUCUUCGAAACCCUCUGGCUGCAACUGCAAGUGGAGAUGUCAAGUAAGGAUUCCAGCCGUUGCUCGGGGCAUGGUUGGUCAUGUUCAAAUCCUCUGCAGUACAUCUCUGGUCAUUGGAUUGCAUGAGAAUCUUGAGACAUGAGAAGAUUCCCACGUGAUCUAGUGGUCGAAAAUGCACUGGAAAAACUGGUGCAGAUGAACUUGGGUAGAUAGCAUUUGAGAGGUGGCUGGUCUGGUUUAAGCAAGUGAUGGCUUUCAGGGGAAUGCUUAUCGUGGGAUUGCUUAAUAUGCAAUGAAGUAUUGUUCGAAAUCGUUUCAAAGCUACUCAAGGGGAUGUAUCCAGACUCCAGUUAGCUUGUAGCCAUUCAUAAUGAUCCACUUAUGCUACAGAUUCUUUAAUUGAAAAUCUAACAGUCCCUUUGAUAGUGAGUAAUUGAGAAAAGAAAAGAAAGGAGAAUCCUUUCACUUGUUUGGACAACUGAUUCUAUUCUAAACAUGGUCAUUAUAGUUGACUGCAUCUGCUUCUCGUUCUUUUGAUAUUACUGUUAAAUCACAUUACUGUGGCCUAUUCCAAAUCUUGUUCCAAAUAUAAUGGACAAACUCAAUCCAAGGAGGUCACUGAAAAGUCUCUCUGAUGAGUAUUAGUUCUUGCCUUACUUUUUGUUCUUUCAGAUACUUGGAGCUUUCUGGUACCUAUUUGCUGUUGAAUGUACUGAUGCAUGCUGGGAGAUUUGCUGUUGAAAA